UCGGCCACGGCCAGCAUGGACAUCCAAAUCGGCAAGGGACCCAACGCUCCAAGUGUCAACGGACUGGUCAAGAAUGGCGACACGUUGACGAUGGUCGUCGCCAUCGAGGGCGACCCAGGCUUCGACGUCCAGGUCCAGGAGUGCAUCGCCCACGACGGUGACCGUGCCAACGCCGUGACGCUGACCGACAAGAACGGCUGUGUCCUCAAGAAGAAACUGAUGGGACCGUGGCAGAAGACCACACGGACCGGCCGGCCCGGAGUGUCACUGGUCGCCUUCUCCUUCUUCCAGGCCUUCAAAUUCCCCGACCAGAUGGAAGUCUUCCUCGAAUGCAACGUCGAACUCUGCAAAAACGGAUGCGACGUCUGUCCCGAAGACGCCAGUCUCUUCGACAUCCGCAGCAACCGCAGCCGCCGUAGCGCCAACAACGCCACUGAAAUUUCGGACGUCCGCUUGCGCCGAUCGCUGCGCGUCAUCUCCAACGAGGACAUCGCCUACAAACCGGAUUCCCAUUCGGUCGUGACACUCACCACAGGCAAUCGUCACACGAAUCAAGAGGACGUGUGCAUGGCUCUGAGCAGCUUCAUCGUCGGCCUGGUGGUCAUUCUCAUCAUCUUGGUCAUCUCUUGCAUCAUGACGGCUUUGCUCUGCGUGAAAAUUCGUUCGGCCACCGUCGGGACCGAGUCCAUCUACCCGGCGAGUUCCACCUAUCACGCUUUUUCGUCGUCUGCUUCCAAAGCCUGGACAAGAAUUUGGGCGCCGUUUUUUGAACAAAUUUUAUUACCAAACAAAGUCUAUUUUUUAUUUGGUUUGAAGAUCGUGAUCAAUUAUUUCUCCCAAGCUCUGAGUCGCCGGGUGCGAUCAAACCGUUGAUAUUAUACUGUGAAUAAUAAUGAAAGAAUUAUAUAAUUUUUUUUUUCGGUUGUAUUGAUUCAGAUAUUUUAUGCUCAAUACAAGGCAACGAUUGGUUGUUAUUCACGUC